ACUUCCGCCAAAACAUAGUUGUGAAGGCAAGUAGAAAACAUUCAUAGACAACGAACAGAGUGGCAAAUAGGCUUAUUACGUUUCCUAAAGAUGAACCACUCACUAAAGCACUGGAAAGAAGCAGCCACGUUGAUUGUAGCAGCAGAACAGCGCCUCUGUGCGGGAUCUUUAGCUUCAAGGACGCCGCAGCUGGGCAAACUUGACACUAAACACCUGCCACACUCGUCUUGUUUUGACUACAACAUUUUGCUGCUAAAACGAAGUGGUAAAAGCGGAUUUAUGCCCAAUGCUUACGUGUUCCCCGGAGGACUUGUGGACUCCUCAGACUUUUCUAGCGAGUGGCUGGACAUUUUCAGAUCUUUCAGCAAUACUCCCUGUUUGGGUUUGAGACAUGUUAAGCAAAAUGCAGAGACAAGACCCCCCAUAUUUGCUACUGAUCGGUUAAAGUUAGGCUCUCCAAUCCCAGGCGAGGUGGCUUUCCGCAUUUGUGCCCUGAGAGAGACAUUUGAAGAAUCAGGAGUGCUUCUAGUUGUUCCUAAAACUGAGGAGAAACGUGUGCUUAAUAAUAAAGGGGGCAUGAUCCAUCACGGUAUUAAUGACAUAUGUCCUGAAAAACUAAAAAAGUGGAGGUCAUUGGUAAACCAGAGCCCUUCUAACUUCAUCAGGAUGUGCAGAGAGCUGGAGGUCUUGCCUAACAUCUGGGCCCUACAUGAGUGGUCCAACUGGCUCACUCCUGAGGGCAGAUAUGGAGGCCGAAGAUUUGACACAGCCUUUUUUAUUUGCUGCUUAAAAGAGAUACCCCAUACACUCCAGGACCAAAAGGAGAUUGAACUCUUCCAGUGGUCUACACCCUCAGAGGUUUUGCAGAGUUAUGAAGCCGAAGAAGUCUGGAUUGCCCCACCGCAGUUUUAUGAACUGAGCCGUUUGUGUCGUUUGCCCUUACUAAAUGACCUUCACAAGUUUGCCAGUGAGCGCGCCAUAGAAGGCUGUGAACAGUGGAUGCCAGUUAUUACAGCUGAAGACGACCAACAUAUUUCACUAUUACCAGGCGACAAACUUUACCCAGUGAAUGCAUCAGAGUCAAGUACAGGCCAUGAUGGAGGAUCUGCUCUGCACCGUAUGGUGAUUUCAGAUUUGUAUAAUAUAAGACUGCAGAUAACUAUUCCUCCCAAGUACAAGCACCUGCUGCCUGUAUUACCUCUCAGCUCCAAAAGUCUGCUUUGAUCUGGGCCCUCAUUUCUUUUAGAUAAAUACACAAAGUGGUCAACUGUGUUUAAAGGGGUAUUUAACAUAAUAUAUAUUCUCACAAACUGACACUCGACUUGUCUAACAGGUGACAAGUUCCAUUUCUCAAAAAGAUAUGUUAUAUUUAAAUAAUUUUGAGGGUGUGUGUUUUCUGUAUUUACAACAUUGGAUUGCUCUGUGUGUAAGUGUAUGGCAUGAAUAUGUCGGUGCAAGACUCACUGCUGAGCUGCCAGCCCUCCUCAUGAUGACUUCCCACUCACAGCAGGGCUAAAUGAAUAACUAAUAACAUAAUAUUGGCAAUUAAACUGUAUUACUUCUAUUAGUAUUGAUUUUUUUUCCUUUAAUAUUAUUGCUGACUGUUAAAGCAUUUGCAAUUUUAAGAGUAGUAUAUGAAACAUACCAGAAAGCUGUUAAAUCUGAAUUUUCUCAUGCAAAAGAUAUUUGAGCUUGUGAGAAUAUAUGGAAGAGAAAUACUGUAUGUUUAUUUAGUGAUGCAUUCCAUUUUAAUGUUUAAGAAGAUAAAGAGAUAAUGGUAAAAUAUUUACUGUUAAAAACAGAUUCCAGAUUAGAAUAUGUAUAUUGUAUAUUCUUUUUUAAUUAAACUAUACUUAAAUCUACCAUAUGUAAGUAUAUUUGAUGUUUUUACCAGUAGAUGGAAGAUGAGAGAUCUCUUGACCCCUGCCCUCUCACUUGGCCUUUGUUCAAGCUCAGUUGGACUGUGUCUCAAUUCCCCGUACGCAGACUGUGUACACGUGUAUUCCCGGGUACAGAGCUGUGGGUGCAGACUCUGAGAAUGGACUUGAGGAGUUCACAAACACGCUCUUGGCUCUCAGCUUUUGGGACAGGUGGAUUUGAUGACAUCACAGGAAAUAAAGCUCAUGUGGCUAUAAUAAAAGCCAAUUGUAUAUUUGUAACAAUUAAACAAACCAAAACUCCACUCUUAUCCAAAUUAAGCAAAUCAUCAACGUCAUUUUAAGCCAUCAGCCCUCUUCAUCAUAUAUUAGACUAAAUGUUUGACCUAUGCUUUCUUUAAUCUCUUAUUAGUGAUAAAUAACAUGGUGAAACAGUUGGCAGUUUUAUUCCUCUGCAGUGUUUCUAAAUUAUAUACUGUAUAAAAAGUAUUCUGAAUACUGUAAUACAUGCAAGGAUACAGAAUGCAUAAAAGGGUGAUACCUAAAUUUACUUUUGCAUGAAUUAGUUGCAAAAUUUCUAACUAAUAAUUAUGAAUUUAAUACUUAAAUAAAUCAUUGAAAUGUACAGGCACUUGUUCUAAUGCUCACACAAACAAACACAUUUUUUGAAGCCUGAAGAAUUGAAUGUACAGUAUUCACUUUUCAUAAUGAAUGGCACUCUACAAGUUUGUUUAAAUUGUUUCAAGUCUACUGAAAAGCCAGCUGCGUUUGUCCUCAUAUUUUAGAUGAGGGUUGAGAAUUGUUACAAAUAAAACCAGUUGAUUUGAUUGU